AUGGAGCAGGAUCUUGGAAAAGAAGCAAAGCUAGGUCUUGAUGUCGCGCAUCUUGAAUCUAUUGCCUAUGCAGGCUUCUCGGACGAAGAGGCCGCAAUCCUACGUGCGUAUGAAGGAAAACGAGGCAAGCAGGUUAUGAGAAAGGUUGACCGACAUAUUAUUCCUGUUCUCGGAUUGCUUUAUCUUUUCUCACACGUUGACCGUUCGAACCUGGGUAACGCGAAAAUUGAGGGGAUGAGUAGGGACCUGAACCUUGUUGGGAACCAGUACAACAUUGCAAGCACUCUAUUCUUCGUUCCUUAUAUCAUCUUCGAGAUCCCAUCGAACGUAAUGCUCAAGAAGACACGUCCAAGCUUUUGGCUUGCAGCUCAGGUCCUCACUUGGGGCAUUGUGAUGACAUGCAUGGGCGCUGUUCAAGGUUUCGCAAGCCUGACUGCAUGUCGCGUAUUAUUGGGUAUAUGUGAGGCGGGAUUCUUUCCCGGCGCUGUCUAUCUGGUUACACAGUGGUACCCACCAAAUGUGAUCCAACAACGCCUGGCUAUUUUGUAUACGGCUUCGGCCAUUUCGGGAGCAUUCAGUGGACUCUUGGCCUUUGCUAUAUCGAAGAUGGACGGCAUUCGCGGGAUUGCAGGCUGGCGAUGGAUCUUUACAUUGGAGGGUAUUGUCCCAUCCGCAUUCAGCCUGUUCCUUCCACUUCUGCUUCCAGAUAGUCCCGAAAAGGUGGGCUGGCUCACAGCAGAGGAGAAGCAAUAUCUCGAUCUUCGCUUCCGACAGAGCGGUAAUCGGUCCACCACCGGAGAAGGAGAUAAAUUCUCUUGGUCAUUGCUGCUCAAUACAAUGCUAGACUGGAAGAUCCUUCUAGGGGCGCUAAUGGGCAUGGUCAACGCCGCCCCUAAUGCGGCAUUUUCCUACACAAUGCCCACAAUUAUCAACAAGCUGGGAUUUGAAUCGCAGGAUGCACAGUUACUGACAAUUCCACCGUACUUCUGCGGUGCUGUCUCUAGUUGGUUGAGUAGCCGACUUGCUGAUCGGUUUACUUGGCGUUUCCCAUUCAUUGUCGCUCCAAUGGCCUUGCUGCUUGUAUCUUUCUUGAUACUCUUGAUAUUGUCAGCUAAUGUUGACGCCUACAAAGGCCCAAUGUAUUUUGCGAUCAUUCUAGCACAAAUCGGCAUUUAUCCGUUGCUGCCUGGAAUCUCGGCCUGGACCGGGAACAAUCUUCCCCAGUCUUGGAAAAGGUCGAUUGGUAUCGCCUGGCUAUUGGCUGCAGCAAAUACUGCUUGCUUCAUUGGAACAAAUGUAUUCCUUGAUAAUCAAGCUCCACACUAUGUGGUCGGAUAUGGUGUGUCACUUGGGAUUAUCGCCAUGGGAAUUAUUGCAGCUUGUUCACUUGAAUAUGCAUUGUGGCGCUUGAACCAGCACAAAAAUGGUAUUUCUGAGAGUGAAGUUCGUGAGACUUAUGCUCCGGAUCAGCUGGCAGCCAUGGGCGAGAAGAGCCCUAUUUUCAAGUACACGCUGUAA